AUGCCCGAAGAAGUGUGGUCCUCGCGUUUCAUGAGCUCAUUAUGGUCAGAAACAAGCGAAACAUGGGAGGAUACCCAUGAAGAUUGGCGGAUUGUUGGCACCAACCCAUUCAAUCGCAGGAAUGUGUGCGAGAAGCCAAAGAUAGAAGAAGAUUUUUUGCUGUAUGUGGUUGAAUUUCCGUCCAAAAGACUAGACAUAGCGUAUAAUAUAAGUAAUGAGAAGAUACAGAAGAAUGUGUAUGUGAUUUUGGAGGCCGAUAGGGGAGAGGACUGUGGGAUAAUUAAAGGAUAUACAACGCGUGACUGCUGGGAAGACUUUCUAAGAAGAUAUAAGAAUAUAGACAAUGACUUUAAACUGAAGAGGAUAUAUCGAGUGGCAAAUGAGGAGGAUCUGAAGGUUAAUCAGCAGAGAAAGGAAAUGGUUGCCUAUGCAAUUGAAGAAUGCAAGAAGCAUGUUGAGGAGAUGAGUCUCAAAAUGACAGUUCUAGACUGCGAGUACCAGUUUGAUCUCAACAAAGUUACAUUCUUUUACAAGAGUGAGGAGAGGAUUGAUUUUAGAGGGCUCGUCAAGGAUCUUUAUAAGGUGUUUAAGACGCGUAUUUGGAUGUGCUCAGUUGAUAAGUCGGUUGAUAAAAUGCUAAUAGAAGUACUCAAAGAAUAA